CCGCUGGGCGAGGCGGGCGCGCCGUCGGGGUCCGCGCAGCAGCCGCCAUGCAGGCGCGCCGGGCCAAGCUCAAGAUCCCUUCACUGACCUUGGUGGACUUGUCACCUGGUAGCCAGAGCCCUACCUUGCUCAGUCCCUGCAGCCCGUGUAGCCCCUUGACUCUGCAUCCCUGCAGCUGUCGGAGCAGCAACCGGAAGAGCCUGGUGGUGGGUUCGCCUUCGCCCACCCUCUCCCGCCCGCUGUCUCCCCUCUCCGUGCCGACAGCUAGCAGCAGCCCGGUCAACAGCCCCCGCAACUUUGCUACCGGUGCUUCGGCGAGCUUCCCUUUCGCCCGCAGCCAUGCCGUCCCUCGGACAGACAGGGCCGAUGGACGGAGGUGGUCCCUGGCUUCUCUCCCCUCCUCUGGCUACGGGACCAACACACCCAGCUCCACCGUUUCGUCCUCGUCGUCUUCCUCGCAGGAGCGCCUGCACCAGCUGCCUUACCAGCCCACGCCGGAUGAACUCCACUUCCUCUCCAAACACUUCCGGAGCACAGAGAGCGUUGCCGGGGAGGAUGGGCGCCGCUCCCCCUAUUUCCGCCCUCGUUCCCGAAGCUUGAGCCCUGGGCGGACGAGUGGGACCUUUGACAAUGAGAUUGUCAUGAUGAAUCAUGUGUACAAGGAACGCUUCCCGAAGGCCACGGCCCAGAUGGAAGAGCGCCUGGCAGAGACCAUCGCCAGCUUCUCGCCCAGCGCCACCUUGCCCUUGGCCGACGGAGUCCUGGGCUUCAUCCACCACCAGAUCAUUGAGCUGGCUCGCGACUGCCUGGCCAAGUCCCAGGGGGCCCUCAUCACCUCCCGCUACUUCAUGGAGCUGCAAGAGAAGCUGGAGAAGAUGCUGAGAGAUGCACAAGAGCGCUCGGAGAGUGAGGAGCUGCGCUUCAUGGAACAGCUGGCCCGGAAACUACUGAUUAUCAUCUCCCGGCCGGCUCGGCUGCUGGAGUGUUUGGAGUUUGACCCGGAGGAAUUCUACCACCUCUUGGAGGCGGCCGAAGGCCACGCCAAGGAGGGUCAAGGGAUCAAGACGGACAUCCCGCGCUACAUCAUCAGCCAACUCGGACUCGCCAAGGACCCUCUAGAAGACAUUGUGCAGCUCGACCAGGUGGAUCCCAGCUCUCCUCCGGGACCGGAGCAGCUAGACGAUCUCCCCGAGCAGAACACGUCGUCGGCCCCCAUCUCUCGAAGGAAACCCUGCGAGAGCGACUUCGAAACCAUCAAGCUGAUCAGCAACGGAGCAUACGGGGCCGUCUACUUGGUGCGGCACAAGGAGACCCGCCAGCGGUUUGCCAUCAAGAAGAUCAACAAGCACAACCUGGUGUUGCGGAACCAGAUUCAGCAGGUCUUCGUGGAGCGCGACAUCCUGACCUUCGCCGAGAACCCCUUCGUGGUCAGCAUGUUCUGCUCCUUCGAGACCCGGCGUCACCUCUGCAUGGUCAUGGAGUACGUGGAAGGCGGGGACUGCGCCACGCUGCUGAAGAACAUGGGCCCCCUCCCCGUGGACAUGGCCCGGAUGUAUUUUGCCGAGACGGUGCUGGCGCUGGAGUACCUCCACAAUUACGGCAUCGUCCACCGGGACCUCAAGCCGGACAAUUUGCUCAUCACCUCCAUGGGUCACAUUAAGCUGACCGACUUCGGCCUGUCCAAGAUCGGGCUCAUGAACAUGACCACCAACCUCUACGAGGGACACAUUGAGAAGGACACGCGGGAAUUCGUGGACAAGCAGGUCUGCGGCACGCCGGAGUACAUCGCACCGGAGGUGAUCCUGAUCCAAGGCUACGGCAAGCCGGUGGACUGGUGGGCCAUGGGGAUCAUCUUGUACGAGUUCCUUGUGGGAUGCGUCCCGUUCUUUGGAGACACCCCGGAGGAGCUCUUUGGCCAGGUGAUCAGCGAUGAGAUCAUUUGGCCCGAAGGCGACGAUGCGCUUCCUGCUGACGCCCAGGACUUGAUCACCCACCUCCUGCGGCACUGCCCCUUGGAGCGCCUGGGCACAGGCGGGGCCCACGAAGUGAAGCACCACCCCUUCUUCCGCAACCUGGACUGGACCGGGCUGCUGAGGCAGAAGGCGGAAUUCAUCCCUCAGCUGGAGGCGGAAGACGACACCAGCUACUUCGACACCCGCUCCGAGCGCUACCGCCACCUGGGCUCCGAGGACGAGGAGACCAAUGAUGAAGAGUCGUGCCUAGAGAUUCGCCAGUUCUCCUCUUGUUCCCACCGCUUCAGCAAGGUUUAUAGCAGCUCCGAAUACCUGGCCAACCCCUCUGCCCUCAGCUCUGCAGCGUCGGACCCGGGCCGUGGCGACGACAAGGAAGACCGGCCGGAGCGCUGGGACCGCAGCUCCGGAGACGAGGAAAAGAGCCGGAACGCCGGCGGUGAGACCCGGCUCCGCGCCUGGACCUCCUGCGGAUCCACGGUCCACGCCUUCCGUCAAGAGUGUGGCCGCAGCCUGGCCACCCUCAGCAGCACCUGCAGCCUGGAAGCCAUGCCCAAGUUCGCCGUCUCCUCCGAAGACGAGAGCCCCUGCCGGGCACCGGCAAAGCGAGAGCGGCCAGUGUUUGUGGUCGGAGAUUCUGAGUCAGCGGCGUCAGCAGCACCGGCAAGGGCAGCCGCCAAGGCCUCGGCACUGGCAGCUGACCUGUCCAGCUUGACCCGCGUCCGUCUCCGGAGCAACAGCACGGGCACCAAGAACUCCACCCUGAGGGGCUCGGAGGUCGAGGGUGGCCGGCGGCCAGGCAGCCGCAAGGACACCCCCGGGAAGCCACAGCGCAUGUCAUCCACCGGCGGCAGGGUGCCCAAAUCGGCGUCGGUCUCUGCCCUCUCGCUCAUCAUCAGCUCAGAUGACUUUGGUGGGGGGGCCCUGGUGAGCCCCAUCUCGCCCCGAUCCCUGUCCUCCAACCCGUCGUCUCGGGAUUCCUCUCCCAGCCGGGACUCCCUCCUCGGGGGGCCCAGCCUGCGGCCCCCCGUGGUCAUCCACAGCUCCGGAAAGAAAUACGGCUUCACCCUGCGGGCCAUCCGGGUUUACAUGGGUGACAGUGAUGUCUACACCGUGCACCACAUGGUCUGGAGUGUGGAGGACAGCAGCCCGGCUCAGGAGGCUGGACUCCGAGCGGGAGACCUCAUCACGCACGUGAACGGCGAGUCGGUGCUGGGGCUGGUUCACAUGGAUGUGGUGGAGCUGCUGCUGAAGAGCGGGAACAAGGUGGCGCUGAGGACCACCGCCCUGGAGAACACCACUAUCAAGGUGGGCCCGGCCCGCAAGAACAGUUCCAAGACCCGCAUGGCGCGCCGGAGCAAGAAGGGCCGCAAACGGGACAGCCAAGACCGGAGGAAAUCCCUCUUCAAGAAGAUCUCAAAGCAAACGUCCGUGCUCCACACCAGCCGCAGCUUCUCCUCCGGCCUCCAUCACUCACUCUCCUCCAGCGAGAGCCUGCCCGGCUCCCCGACCCACAGCCUGUCUCCUGGGCCGACCCCCCCUUGCCGCAGCCCUGCCCCGGACUUCCCACCAGAUUCGGUCUCGCCGCAGAGCACCUCCCCGUCCUCCAGCACGCCCACGUCUCCGGCAGGCCACAUCCGGCCCAGCUCCCUGCACGGCCUGGCGCCCAAGCUCAGCAGCCAGCGCUACAAGGUCGGCCGGCGCAAGUCCACCAGCAGCAUCCCGCCCUCGCCUCUGGCCUGCACCCCGUCCUCCGCCUCCUCCUCCGCCGCCGCCGCCGCCCCACAGCCCCCGUCGCCGCAGAGGCCCCCGUCUCCGCUGCCCUCGUUCACCAAGAGCGCCACCCAGGCCUUCCAGGGCAAAACGCUCUCCCCGCCCACCGUGGUGCGGCAGGCCUCGCGCCCCCGCAGCGCCGACGGCGCCCGCUCCCCGCUGCUCAAGCGCGUCCAGUCGGCCGAGAAGAUCCCGGGUGUCCUGGCCGAGAAGAAGAUGGCCGGCGGCCGCCAGCUGAUGCUGGAGAUGCCCGUCUCGGGAGACGAGGGCGAGAGCAGUGGGGGAGAGGCCGGUGCUGGCGCUCCCCGGCUGCGCGACUGGCCCACGGAGCGCCACGAGCGAGACCAGGAGGUGGUGGUCAUGCGGCGGCUGAACCUGUCCGAGCGCCGGGACUCCUUCAAGAAGCAGGAGGCCGUCCAGGAGGUGAGCUUCGACGAGCCCGAGCCCGCGUCCGGCGGCGAGGACCCGGCCGAGAGCAAACCCAUGGCCUGGCGGAAGAGCGCCCACGCGGCCCCGUGGGUGGAGGGCAGGCCCGGCCCCUCGCCCCUCGUGGCGGCCGUCCUCAAGCCCGCCCCGGUGCCCCACAUCGCGGUGCAAGGAGACGAGGGGGCCGGGGCCGCCUGGGAGUGCCAGGGCUCCUACCCCGCCCGGCUGGAGGCCCGGGUCUACAUCGAGCAGGACGAUGGGACCACGGCCGUCGAGUACAAGAGCGUCUCCUCCCAGCGCCGGGGCAGCCGGGAGCAGAAGGAGAGCUCGCCCCCCCUCGGAGCCGGGCCCAGGACACGCCGCGGGGAGAAGGGGGACGCCGGGCCCCCCGACCCCCCCAGGGGGCCCGUGGGGGCAGAUCUGGAAAAGCAGCACCCGGGGGCCGCGAAAGGCGUCCUGCGCCCGGAAGACCAGAAAGGGGACCUCGUCCGAGGACAGAGAAGAGCCCCCGAGGACGAGUAGCCGAGGGACACAAACCGGGGGGGGGGUCCCUUUUCCUCCUUGUGACCCACCCGCCUCCUUCCCCUUCUCACCCCAUGGGGACUUGGGGGGCUGUGACUGAAGCCAAGCGAAGGGCUGGAGGUGAAGGAGAGGGCGGACGCUUUCCGCUAACUGGAAAAGGGCUCCUGUUUCUCUUGCACUUUGGGGCUGGGGGCAUUUUUAAGUGCUCCUGACGGGGGGUGGGGGAAGCUUCCAAAGCUGCACUUCUGCCCACGCCAUAAACGAAACCCCCCCCCAAGGCUCCAGAUCUCUGCUCUGCCCUUUGCAGCCGCCCAGGGCAGGGUCUUUGCACUCCAGGCACCCCCUCCAAAAAACAACACCCCACCAUGCUUUUUCAAGACAGAGACUAGCCUUCCCCAACCUGGGGUGCUCCAGAUGUGUUGGAAUUCAGCCCCCAUCAUCCUGGGUGUCAUGGGAGUUGUCGUCUGGCACAUCUGAAAGGUACCGUGUUGGAGAAAGCUGGCUAGCCACUACACGCUACUGGUAGCCCAAUUCUCUCGCUGAAAGUUGGACCCUGCAGAGGCCCGGUUAUCAAAGCGAUGAGAUCUGGGGCUGGGGCUGUUUGCCCUUCCUCAAAGGCUGGAAUGCCUCUCCUAAGGCAGGGAGACCUUUAAACAAAAAGAGGCUGGUGCUCGGGGGAUUGGGGCCCCGCCACCCACUGCCCCCGAAAAUGUCGCUGAAAUUGAAUUUGGCCCUCGGGGAGAUGGAGAAUCACCAGCCCCGGAGUGGGCUGUUCUAGGCUAGAUGGACCCGUGGCCCGUAUGAGGACCCCUCCUCUAUUCCCUUCUGCACCCUCUCCCCUAAAAGACUUUUCAAAUUCAUGUCUAUUUCGGUGUGUAAAGAAGGAUCAUUUAAAAAUACAAAAUCCUAUGGGCGUUAAGAAAACCUUAUUGGUUAUUUCAGAGUCCCUGAAGACAGGUGGGCGUUGGGGCUCAGAAACUGGAUCACGGUGUGGUUUUUUUGGGGGUGUGUGUGUUAUGCCACC